AUGCCAACUCAACAACAAUCCCAGUGUUCCCCCUCAAAGACACCCAGUAUUGAUGAUUCAUCUGAAUCCAACCCUGACAAAGUCACCAUAAUUGAAACUAGUGGCCCGUCUGCUGCUCAAAAGACCAAGAUGUCAACUCAAGAUAAGCAAAGCUCAUGGGUAUGGCAAAACUUCCAGACCCAGGCCAUUGAUGGUAAAAAGUGGAAUACUACCAAGGAUCUAUGGAAACUAUGA